AUGUCGAUUCGACGGAAGACGGAGAAACGUGGGGGGAAAGGUGCGACGGGGAGCGAAUCUGGGGAAAUGAGCUUGCAGGGUUCGCCGCAGCAGUCGCAGCAGGAGCGGAUGCAAAUCGACGGGGAACAGCGCGGAGAGCCAGCGCAGGCGGAAGGGUCGGCGGAAGGCGUUUCUACGCACGCAGCCAAGCCCCCGCAGCUGAGGCCAGCGGGCCGGGGGAGGGAAUGGCGGAAAGGUCUGAAGAGUUUGUUCGGGUCAAAUUCGGUCAAGCGGAGAGGGGAAGCGGAGGGAAGGGUCAGUGUUCGACGUGGGGGUAAUACAGCUGGCGGAGUCGAAACUGUGAUGUCAGGGGAAGCGGAGAUGGCCGAUACACGCAUGGGGGAGGUUUGCUCGCGGGGGGAGGAGGGGGAAAUGUCGGGCGAAGGCGAUUUUGUAUCGGGGAUGAGUGCAGCGGAGGUGGAUGAGUCGGGUGACUUUCGGCGAGUUACGGUCGAGCUACAGUUCUUCCAAUUAAAUUCCUCCAAGGACCUUGUUGCAACAGUGCAAGUCCUCCCAUCUCACGCCGAGCAGCAGCGGGAGGUGCAGCAAGCGCAAGCGGUGCUGCAGCUCCAGAACUACGCUGGACUUGGAACAGUAGUUCUGGAAGGUGUAGACGGUGUGGUAACCAGCUGUAACACCAGCGCAACAAGCAUCCUCGGAUUCCCAGAGCCGUACAUCAUGGGGCAGACGCUACAACACUUCGUUGCAGAAUCUGAGGCGGCUACUUUUGCUGAGGAGUACAGCAAGGUGCAGCAGGGUAUCCAGGAGUGGACGCAGCAGGAGAUUCGGUUGAGAAAGAUUGACCGAACCACAGUGGCAGUUCGGAUCACCAUGACUAGCCUAUCCACUUCUGGCUCGUCUUCUGCUGCCCCUUCUGCUGCUGCCCCUUCUGCUGCUGCCCCUUCUGCUGCUGCCCCUUCUGCUGCUGCGCCUGCUGCCACCCCACCUGCCUCUAAAUCUACUGCUGCCACUCCCGUUGGUGCCGCAACAGCUGCAGCGGCUGCUGGUGCUGCUGGUUCUGCUGGUGCUGUUGGUGCCAGUGCUGCUCCUGCUGUUGCCGUUCCUGCUGCUGUUGCCGGGGACACAGAUGCCAGCAACAUGAGUCGGACAAGCAGCCAUGAAAGCGGGUCAAGUGGGAGUGAGGCGGGGCGAGCAGCAGUCAGAGAGCACACUGCGGUGCUCUGCAUGUUCCAAGACAUCAGCGCGCAAAAGGCCCUGGAGCAACACAUGGAGAACUACCGCAUGAUGGUGGAGCACUUCCCAGCUGGCGCAGUGCUCAUUUCGCAUGCGGGCGAGGAGGGCGAAACCGUCCUCGUGAACAGCACUCUCGAGGCCAUGCUGGGCUGCGAAAAGGGCUCCAUCAACAGCGUCGACAAAUGGUUCGCCACACUCUACGCCGAAAAGGCGCGCCGCGCUCGGCAGCUCCACGAGGCGAGACGGGUGUCUGGGAGUAGCAAGGAUGUGACGAACACGGUGCAGCAGAUCAAGAAGAAGGACGGGUCGAAGCUGGUGGUGGACGUCACGACGUACCGGUUUGAUUUGGGGGAGAUGUGGCUCGUGAAUGACAUCACCGAGAGCCGCAAGAACCAGUUCAAGUUCCGCAUGCUCUUUGAGCUGUCCUCGGACCCCAAGCUGCUGCUGAACCAGGACGGGCGCGUGUUCGACUGCAACCAGUCGGCCAUUCGCAUUCUCAAGUGCGGAACCAAGGAGUCGCUCCUCGGCAAGACCCCCUGGGAGCUCUGCCGCCCGCAGCAGCCCUCAGGCCAGCGCUCCGCGUUCCUCAAGGCAGUCCUCGACGAUCUCGCCGCCAGCAACAACGUCCCCGCGCCCGCGACCGGCGCCGGCGCAGGCUCCGCGGGAGGAGGCUCCGCGGGGGGGAUCCCGGGCGCGACGGUUCUCAGCGGCGCGUCCGCGGUCGGCGGGGAGAAGCGGUACCGAUUCGACUGGGUAUUCGAGGACGAGGAAGGGCAGGACGUACCGGUGGAGGUGCUAUGUAAGAUGGUGAAUUUCUUCGGGGAGCCGGUGUAUCUGAUGGUGUGGCACGACAUGGCGGAGGCGCGCAAGCAGGAGGCGGAGCUGCGGAGGGCGAAGGCGGAGGCGGAGAAGGCGAGCAAAGCCAAGACGCAGUUCCUGGCGAAUAUGAGCCACGAGAUCCGCACGCCCAUGAACGGAAUCAUCGGCGUCGCCGAUCUGAUGCUCGCGACGCCGCUCUCGCCGGAGCAGUGCUCGCUGCUUGAAACCCUAAGAUCGUCGUCGGAGGGGCUCCUACACAUCCUCUCCGACAUCCUCGAUUUAAGCAAGAUCGAGAACGAGAAGAUGGUCCUCGAUUUCAGCAACUGGCGGUUGCGGGAGAACGUGAGCAACUGCGUCGCGCUGUUCCGCGGAUCCGCGACCGGGAAAAACAUCCGCAUUAAAGCGCGAGUCGAUAAGGACGUCCCUAUCGAGGUCUUCGGAGACUGCAUGCGUGUGCGUCAGGUGGUCACUAAUUUACUCAGCAACGCGAUUAAGUUCACGUCGGCCGGCGGACACGUGUCGGUGCGCGUCAGCCUUGUGGAUCCGCACGCUCCGGGCCGUGGAAAGCGGCGGGAAUCCUUCUCGAGUUUGGAGCCGCUAAGAGAAAACGCGGAAAUGGACAAGGUGGUGGUGCAGUUCGAAGUGAAAGACACGGGGAUAGGAAUCCCCCCCCACGCGCAGAAGAAUUUGUUCCAAGCCUUCAAUCAGGCUGACAACUCCACAUGUCGCCGUUUUGGAGGGACGGGCCUUGGCCUAGCCAUUUGCAAGGCACUCGUCAACUUGAUGGGCGGCGAAAUAACCCUCUCAAGCGAAGAAGGAAAGGGGUCCACCUUCACCUUUACUGUGUGCCUCGGGGUGACAGAACCUGCUCCAAGUGAUGCGGAGAGUGACGGGGAAGAAAGCAUUGGUGAUGAGAGCGAGGAUGAAGAGGAGGAGGAGGGAGAGGAAGACGAGUACGAGGAGGGCGAGGGCGAGCAGUGGGAUGAGAUUGCGGAAGAAGAGGACGAAGAAGGGAUAGAGGAUGAUAUGAACAUCAUGGAAGGAGAGGAAGGAGAUGAAGGAGAGGGGAGCGUGUCGGAGAGGGAAACGGAUGACGAAGAGGAGCAUUGGGCAAGGCACUUGGUCCGGGCGGCGACCGAAAUCGCCAUUGGCCGGCCGCGGAAGUCUCGCUCUCACAAGGGAGGGAGCAAAGAAGCAUCACACAAGGAAGCAACAGCAACACACAGGAGCGUAAUGCCGAAACAUCACUCCAUGGAUUGCGACAGCGACGCAACUUAUGAGACUUCGCGGUCCCAAAUGACAACUCCUACCUCUUCUUCUGCUUCUAGGUCUAUCUGGCCUGCAGGGAGUCGGAAACUCAACCGCAGCCCAACCCCUCGUCACAAGAAGGCCCUGCGCCGGGCAGAUUCAAAAGAAAUCUUUCUGCCCAUUUCUGUAUCUGCUAAUGCCAGCAUCAGCACCGCCAGCAGCAGCAGCAGCAGCAGCAACUGUACCAGCAAUGCUAACCCCCCUGCAGCAUCUCCUGCCGCUCCAGCUAUCCCUGCUUCACCCACUCUCACCUGGCCUCCCACCACCUCUGCUGCUCCUACCCCUGCUGCCACUGCAUCUGCUGCUCCCGCUGCUCCUGCUGCUCCUAGUUAUCCGCCUCCCCCCAGCCCCGCUGCAAUCUCUGCUGUAAGAAGCCUGUUCAGCAAGUCUAAAAGCGAUAAUCACCUACUGAAACCGAGUGCAUUGGAGGGGAAUUUCCUCACCCGCAGCAGGAGUAAAUCUGGGCGACAAAACACCACUGGCAGCAGCAGAGGGAGUGCAGAGAGGAGUGCAGACAGCAACAGCAACAGCAACAGCAACAACAACAACAACAGCAACAACAACAAAAGCAACAGCAACAGUGGCAGCAGUGGUGGCAGCAGCAGCAGAAGCAUCCAAAGGGCCAGGAGCGUAAACAGCUUCACGGAAAGGUCUAGUGGUUCUAGCAGCAGUAGCAGAAGCAGUGUGCACAGGAGCAGCAGCACAACCAACCUCAAAGAUCUUGCCAGCAACAACACCACCAGCAGCAGCACCACCAGCACCACCAGCAGCACGACCAGAAAUGGCAGCAAUGGUCGACGAGUGUCCAUCGCCAUCACUAAACCCUCCUCAUCCUUCACAUCGCACUCUUUACAAGAAUCCUCGGGCCCUCCCCCCCGGCGCUGCAGGACACAGGAGCGGCCUCCUCGCUCCCCUUGCUCCAAAUCUUCCCCAUCCAUCCCUCUCACCUCACCCUUGGCCUCCGUGAAACGAACCGGCAGCGCCCACUCUCUUGUAGACGCCGGGAAAGGAGGUGGAGGAGGAGGGCAUGGGCACGGCGGGCACGGGCACAAGAAAGUUUUUACCGACGAGCCACCCACGCAGCUGCCUGAGUGUGUCAAGACGUGGAAAGUUUUGGUUGCGGAGGAUAAUACAGUGAACCAGAUGGUGGUAACCAGAAUGCUGAAGAACCUUGGGAUUGCCACCGAGGUGGCGGAGAAUGGACUGAAGGCACUGCAUGCGUGCGAGAGCAACCACUACGACUUCAUUCUCAUGGACUGUCACAUGCCGGAGAUGGAUGGGCUGGAAGCCACUCGGCAGAUCCGGCAGGCAGAGCAGCUGCUGCCGAGCCGGCCGCCCAAGUUCAUCACUGCGCUCACUGCCAGCGCGUUUGACUUUGAGAGAGAGGCGUGCUUUGCUGCGGGCAUGAACCACUUUUUGACCAAGCCGAUUCGGCCGAAAGACCUGGAGGAUCUGGUGGUGAAGCUGGUGGAGAUGCGCAAGUGA